AUGGCCUGUUUGACUUUGUUUACAGAUUUUAUUUUGAGCUGUAAAGAGCGAGUGUCCAAACAGACUCAGGCCUUUUGUUCUGGACAGGAUCAGACGUCGCCGGGCGUCUCUCUGAGGACCAGGUUGUGUUACGCUGCAGGGGGCGUCCCGUAUCAGAUGACCACGAUCGCCAUCGGUGUCUCUCUGCAGAUUUUCCUCCUGGACGUUGUUCAGAUGGAGCCGUUCUACGUGUCUCUGAUCCUGUUCGUGAGUCGGGCCUGGGACGCAGUGACUGACCCUCUGAUUGGACACUGGGUCAGCCGCAGUCGCUGGACGCCCAUCGGAAAACUGUCCCCCUGGCUGGCUCUGUCCGCUCCCUUCGCCGUCCUGUCCUAUCUGCUGCUGUGGUUCGUCCCGUCCCUGUCGGACGCUCAGACGGUCGUGUGGUUUCUGUCGGUGUCGUGUUUGUUUGAGACUGUGAUGAGUUGCUUCCAUGUGCCUUUUCUCUCACUCAACAUGUUUUUGGGCGGGUCCAGGAGAGACAGAGACUCGGCCACAGCGUUCAGGAUGAGCGUGGAGAUGGCGGCCAUGCUCGUCGCUUCAAUAAUCCAGGGUCAGGUGGUCGCUGUGUACAACAACGAAAAGCAGAGAAACUGUGAAGAUCUGGAGCAGGUUCAAAACGCAGCUCCGAGUGCGUCCUCUCCCGCAACGCUGCAAGGAACGAAAAGAGCCUUUCUGACCUCCGCGUUGGUGAUCGGAGCCAUGUUUUUCCUCUGCAGCCUCGUCGUUUUCCUGGGAGUGAAGGAGCAGAGAUCUCCUGACGGCUCCGACGCACAAACCAGACUCCCCUUUCUGACCUCGUUUAAAUUACUGGUGUGUUUUGCGCCGUACCGUCGCCUCGUGCUCGGAUUCACAGUCAGCACUCUGGCUUAUCAGAUCUCCCUGGGUAAUUUCGCUCUGUUUUGCAGCCACGCGGCCGGACUCGGAGCGCAUUUUCAACACCUCCUUUUGGUUUUACUCGGUUCUGCCUCAGUAGCUGUUCCAAUCUGGCACGUCGUCCUCCUAAAAAUUGGGAAAAAGCCGACUAUUUUUAUUGGACUAACACUCUUCAUCCCCGCUGUGAUCCUCGUGGCGUGCGUUCCCAGUAACCUGCCCGUGCUCGUCGUGGCGUGUGUGGUCAUGGGCUUCAGCGUGGCCACAGUGUUUCUGCUUCCCUGGUCCAUGCUUCCUGAUGUGGUGGAUGAGUUCACAGUGAAAAACCCCGACAGCACAGACCUGGAGCCGCUCUUCUUCUCCUGUUACGCCUUUUGUAAUAAACUGGCCGGAGGCGUCGCCGCUGGAGUCUCCACUAUGACACUACAAUUCGUGGGGUACAAAUCAGGAGCGUGUAACCAUAGUGAUGAGGUGGCGAUGGCCCUAAUUGUUUUGUUUUCGCCGGUCCCAAUCGCUCUGCUGCUUUUGGGGAUGUUGGCGUUUCUCUUCUACCCGAUCGACGAGAGAGAGUCGCCAAGGCUGCGAGAACACGUCAGCUCUGUGGAUUCAAAGGUGCGAUCAUCCUCAUCGGACCAAAGGGAACGUGCAGACGGGACGUUAUGUGUUACUAUGACGACCACCGCUCCUGCAUCUUCGGAUAAAAUAAACGCCAACGAAUCGAACAAAGAUCCCGGAAAAUACAGUCGUCCCAAAUGUGUGGUCCAUCCAAAUGUCCAUCAUGCUUCAGCAGACGACGAGAAGAAACGCAGAGGAACAGACGCGAGCCGAUCGUCUCCUGAGCCGAACGCCAAGUCUAAAGUCUCCUGGGUUUAA